UCGUAAAUAAUGUCUCAAAGAUUUGCACCGGGUCAACCGGGACAAUCACCCGUGCCUGGCCAACCACGAUAUCCUCCUCCACCGCCACAGUCUGCCGGUAUGCGUCCAUAUGCAGCAGGUACAGGAUUUCCUCCGCAAAGGGGAUUUCCAUUGCAUCCUAGUAAUAGUCAGCCAGUAGCUGGUAACACAAGUUCCCCGGUUGGAGCUCCACUGCAUCAGAGGGCGCCGCAGCCGGGAUUUCAGAGUGGAUUGCGUGGUAGUGGAAGUGGUGGCGGCAAUAAGCGUUCUAGCGAAGCUCGUAAUAUGAAUAAUGCACAAAACAAAAGCGAAUUCAAUUCAGCUGCAAAGAAGAAAAAGAAGUUGGCCGACAAAAUACUGCCACAGAAGGUGAGAGAUUUGGUUCCCGAGUCUCAGGCCUAUAUGGAUCUCCUUACUUUCGAACGUAAACUGGAUGCCACUAUUAUGAGAAAACGGCUGGACAUACAGGAAGCUCUUAAAAGACCAAUGAAACAGAAACGUAAACUGCGCAUCUUCAUCUCAAAUACAUUUUAUCCGAGCAAAGAACCGACCAACGAUGGCGAUGAGGGUUCUGUUGCAUCUUGGGAAUUGCGGGUGGAAGGACGUCUCUUAGAAGAUGGCAAAGGUGACCCGAAUACAAAAAUAAAACGGAAGUUUUCAUCAUUUUUCAAGUCAUUGGUUAUUGAACUGGACAAAGAGUUAUAUGGACCGGAUAAUCAUUUAGUGGAAUGGCAUCGCACUCAUACCACACAAGAAACGGAUGGCUUUCAGGUUAAAAGACCAGGCGAUAGAAAUGUUCGUUGUACAAUAUUGCUGUUGUUGGACUAUCAACCACUGCAGUUUAAACUAGACCCACGACUAGCUCGUGUAUUGGGCGUUCACACACAAACACGUCCCGUAAUAAUAUCUGCUCUGUGGCAGUACAUCAAGACACACAAGUUGCAAGAUGCCCAUGAAAGGGAGUACAUCAAUUGUGACAAAUACCUGGAGCAAAUUUUCGGAUGCCAACGAAUGAAGUUCGCCGAAAUUCCACAACGCCUCAACCCUCUACUACAUCCCCCCGAGCCAAUAGUUAUAAAUCACUUUAUCGAAAGCGGGGCUGAAAAUAAGCAGACCGCUUGUUACGAUAUUGAUGUGGAGGUUGAUGACACACUGAAAAACCAAAUGAACAACUUCCUAAUGAACACUGCCAGUCAACAGGAAAUACAGGGUCUGGAUGCAAAAAUCCAUGAAACCGUGGACACUAUCAACCAAAUGAAAACCAAUCGGGAGUUUUUCCUAAGCUUUGCAAAAGAUCCCCAAACAUUUAUUCAACGUUGGAUUGUUAGCCAAACACGUGAUCUGAAGGCGAUGACCGAUGUCACUGGAAAUCCGGAAGAGGAACGCCGUGCAGAGUUCUAUUAUCAACCUUGGACACAUGAGGCGGUUUCACGUUAUUUCUUUACAAAAGUCAAUCAGAAGAGAGCCGAAUUGGAACAAGCCUUGGGCAUAAGAAACGGUUAAAUGACAGAAUUAUU